AUGGAGGUGAACUAGUCGUACAAAUGAAGAUAGGCAUUCUCUAUGAGAUGUUAAUUCCAGAAUUUUACAUGUUAGACUGCACUUUACAGUCUAAAAUUAUUGUUUUUUGAGUAAGAGGUAAAUCCUCGGUUUUUAUGUUCAUAGAAUAUAAAACUCAGUUUGGUUAUAUUUUUGUUUUCGUCGGUGAUGAACUAUUGAUAAGUUCUCGAUUGCGUCAUAAAAACCUAUAGCUAUGUUGUAGUGCGUCUCCAUUAUCCUUAAUAAAUUGGGAAAUAUUUCAAGGUAAUCAAGUACUUUUUUUAAAUGCAGUACAAUGAUUGAACUCAACAAAUAACAUGGAUGGUGAAGAAUUCAACCUCCGCUGGGAGGAGGAGGUUGUUAUAAAGAAUAGUCCCAGUCAUUCCAGAGCAGAUGGACCUAUAUGUUCCAUAGAAAAUAUUCAAAGCUAUGGAAAUAUGCAAUCAGAAAUCGACCAAAUAGCUGCCGAGAAUUUGAUGUAUCUUGCUCAGGAUGUUGUCAGCUUUGUUGAUCCUGAGCUAGACCCAAAUGUGGAAUGUGUAACCGAAGAAGUUAUCACUGACGAUUGGGUUACCCCAGGUGGACAAGAGCGAGUUGAAGUACCUAUAGAUCAGCUAACACAUCCCGUUUUACACAUAAAAGAAGAAAAUGAUGUAGAUGUUCCAUUACCAACUGAUCAAGAUGAAUAUACUGCAAUGCGACCAUGGCCAUGCGAUUUCUGCUCACGGCGGUUCCGUAAAAAAGCCGCCUUGAUGAACCACAUGGUUGCACAUCAGAAUGAUAGACCACACGCUUGUAAUCUUUGCGGCGUACGAUAUGUUCGAAAAUGUGAUCUUAUGAAUCAUCUGAAGGUGCAUGCUUAUGUACCUGAAGAUGCAGAUGAAAUGGAUUUUGUUUCAGAAGAUGUAGAAAAAAACCAAAAUGUUAAACCAAAGAAAAAAAGGGGAAGGAGAAAAAAGAAUUCAGAAACAAUUGAGAACGGUUGGGAGAACAUGACGUCAGCGCGCACGCAGCAGUGGUCACGACGAGCACGAAGUCCUCCCCGGCCGCCUCCCACGCCGCCCUCUCCGCCUACCGCCCCCUCUCCCGUCACGCCGCCCCCGCGCCCCGCGCACGCCGCACACCCGACGCCGCCCGCUGACCCCUCCCGCCCCUUCGUGUGCAGACACUGUGGGAUCGGUUUCGCGAGGGAGAAGGCUCUGCAAUCACAUGCGAGGGUGCACGGCGGUGAUUCCCCGGUGGAGUGCGGCGAGUGCGGCGAGCUGUGCUGGUCCCGCGAAGCCCUCGCCUCACACACUCGACAUCGUCACCCGCACGUCGAUCCCCAACGCGCGCUAACGCCUGAACUGAAAUACGAGGCCGACUCAGGAGACGAUAUGGAUUACCAGUUGUCACCUGCAUCUGUUAGCGAAGGUCGAGGUGGUGGAUCUACGGGAAGACCAGUAUACGACACCAUUCGAGGUCCAGAAUUGUUUUGUCCGGAUUGCGGCGUUGCUUUCCAGCGAGCUGAUUUACUCCGACGGCACGUUGCUGCGGCCCACAGUUACAAGCGACACGAGAACUCCGGCUCGUGGGCGGAGCACACGUGCGAAGUGUGCGGCGCCGCGUGCACGGAUGCCUUGCAGCUAUUGGCGCACGCCGAGCUGCACGCCGACCGCGACCGCGACCUGCCCCCACACAACAAUAGAGUGAAACGCACGUCUAAAGGCAGAAGUAAUGCGUCUUCGUCAAACAUCGCUCGGCAGUUUCCAUGUAGAGAAUGCGGGAAAGUGUUUGGAUCCCGCAGCUCGCAGCAGAUUCACAUCCGAAUUCACACAGGGGAGAGACCUUACGCGUGUCGAUUCUGUUGGAAAGCCUUUGCUGAUGGUGGUACUUUACGAAAACACGAGAGAAUACAUACAGGCGAGAAACCUUAUGCGUGCGCUGUGUGCCCUCGCGCUUUCAACCAAAGAGUUGUGCUUCGUGAACAUGUUCGAUCGCAUCAUUCGGCGCCGGACAGAUGUACUAACGGUGGACCCGCAUAUAUAUGUGUUGUUUGCGGUCGGACUCUGCACUCUAGCAACGAACUCGUACAACAUCUCAUACAGCAUUGUGAUGCAAAUACAGCCAUGAAAAGGCAACCACAGUCUGGACCUCGAAAGUAUAAGCGGAGACGGAAAAUGAGCAUGGACUCUUCUCCCGUGCACAACUGGGAGAGCAGCUCCCCGCCGCCCGCCUCCCCGCCCCCCUCUCCGCCGCCGCCCGACUCGCCCCCGCCCCGCGCCUCCCGGCCGCGCCGCACCAGGCUCGCCCACGCGCGCCGCACCAAGCGUCAGAUGAGAUCGCGCCGAACUCCGCGUCAUCCGGCCGACGAUUUGCGUGAGAUAGCAAGAUCGCCGUCGCCGGUCACUCCGCGGACGCCGGAGCCGAUGUCGCCGGAGCCGCCGCCGCCGUCCGCUCCCGCCGACGAAUCCAGACUCUUCAAAUGCGAGAUGUGCUCGCUAGAAUUCGCGCGACGCGAUGAUCUUCUCCUGCACGUACCAGUACAUAUAUGACGAUCGAAAAAGUAAUGAAUUCCACGUAAUUCAACAAUGAAUGAAGAGUUCGUAAUUACUAGUGACUUUAAUUUAAUAUGCAGUUUCGAAAAGGGCACACGUCGCAUAUUUUGUCAAAUACGUUUUUUCGUAUACAUGUCGACGCUUGAAAGGCAAACAUGACUAAUCGA